CAGUCCUCGAGUCAGCCGUAGGAAACCAGACAGGCGGUGAAAGUGAGAACUUUCGCUGUCAGGUGAGCUAGCUACUUAGCAGAGUGCCGCGACUAGCAGUAGAGGUUUGCUUGAAGCCAAAAUAGAAGCGCGGUCUUUGCUGCAGAGACAGAGGCCUGGAGUUGUUGGAAAGUGCUGUGUAGAAGGCAGCGGGGCAAUCCAGGUGCUUUUACAGAUAAUAUACUCUUGUUACUGUUCUGCAGUAAUCAUCACAAUGGCAUCUGUACCCUCAGCUGGCUGCCUUCUGGCCAAGAACCAGUACUACCGAACACGGCUGAAUUCUGACUCCAGUGUUUCUUCAAGCAGUUCCUCUUGUUCUGAACCCAUGGCCUCUGAACAGGAAAAGCACUUCAAUGGGUUACCUGAAGUAUUUGAAAGAUGUUGGUGGAUAAAAAGCUUUUUCCACUGUGAGUCUGUGCCUCAGAAUGUGGGCAGAAAAACUUUAUCAGCCAGCAGUGCUAACAGCUGACUUGGACAGCAAGCUGAGGGUUCCUACAAUGACACUACAUAUACAUACUUACUACAUGAAAGACCUGGGGUCUUCCAGGUGGCUGUGUGCAGUUGUGUGAAGAAAACAAACUGCUUGAAGCUUCAGAUGAAAGGGAAACAGUACACAUUUCCAAGGAUUUAUCCAUCUUAAGACAAUCAGCAACUCAUCUUUCCAUGUCUGUUGCAGAGUUCUUGAUAGUGAACAGGUGUUCUACAUUUCAUUUCAAAAUAACUCUUGCAUAUCAUUGGGCAAAAUGAGAAUGAAAAGCCUCAUUAACAAGGAGUGUUUGCUAAUUAUGCAUAUUAUCCUUUGAAAAUUCUGUAGACUGGGGCAAAACGAUAAGGUUAUUCUAUCAUAUGUGCAAUGUUUCCUUCUUUAAUGGUACACUGAACGACCCUUCCUCAUAGGCUUACGUUUUAGAAUGCUAGUUACAUCACCAACCUUGUACUUUUAGAUGAAACUUGUUCAAAUGCCAAAUAUGGAUUUUACCUACUUGCCAAUAUUUAAAAGCAAAAACUUUGUUUAUCGAGGACUCCCAUUAAAGAGUGAAAUGUUAUCCUAAUCCUAAAUGUACUAUAUAGAAGUAGAUUCCACUAAUCUCAUUGGGAAUGGCUUCCACAUAGGUAUUAUUAGCAUUGCUACUUUGGUUAGUACCACACCUACAUGACUUGCCAUGUAGUCCAAUCUCAUCUGAAGCCCCAAGGUUGAGAACCCUUGUUUUAUUAGUUUCUCAACUACUCAGUUGAUGGAAGAACCUACAGUGGCUCGGUGUCCGAUUGAUACCAAUUCUAAAGCAUAUGUAAACUUUGUCUUAACACAUUGCAACCUGUGGCAAUUACGUAGUCCAUGUUCUGAAUAGCUAACAUCUUCACACUCAACUCUUCUUUUGGAAUUCUUUCAUAAAUACUUUGAAAAUGUUGAAGGUCGUGGGCCAUAAUAUUUGUUAUAUCAGUGGACAGCCGUUGUGUUUAGUACCAGACAGAACAUCACUGUAAUGUAAGAAUGUUUAAUGAGAUCUGGAAGUGAAAUUGCUUAAUUAAGUAGGGAAACUUGCAGGUAAUUGACACUAACCUAGCAUACAUAAGGGUUGGUUUUCUACAUAACUUUCUAGGGUAUUGUGCAUGCAUGUACUAUGCUUGCCUUCUCCUGUCCUUAUGCUACUUACCAUUCACAUGUGAUGAUUUAGAAACUAAAAUUCUAGUGGGAGUAAAUGGAAUACAGGUUGAAUUUUAGAAAGGGAUAAGGACAGGGAUGUAGGGUGGGAGAAGACUUUCAGUUUGUGGACUCAUCUUGUUACAUUUAGAUUCAUCUUUGUACAUGUAAAAAAUCUUGUAUAGUUUUAUCAGAGAGAUGUCUUAAUGUACAGAAUGCAUUUUUUUACUAGUUUUUGUACUAAAUAAAUGACAUUUUUCAAA